ACCCUGACAACGGCCAUGCCACUGCUUCGUCGCACAAUGUCUACUGAUGCAAAGGUUCGCCGAAGAGCAUAUAUCGCUCUUGGCAGCAAUGUAGGCGACAGGCUUGACAUGAUCGAGAAAGCAUGUCUGGUCCUCGAUCAGCACCCAGAUAUCAAAGUCACACGAACAAGUUCGCUCUACGAGACCGAGCCCAUGUACGUCGAGGACCAGGCUCGCUUUCUGAAUGGCGCUUGCGAGCCAAUGCCUCUACUGGACAGAUUACAGGCCAUCGAGAACGAGCUAGGGCGUGUCAAACUCAUCGACAAAGGACCCCGAAGCAUCGACCUCGAUAUCUUGUUGUACGAAGAUCAAGUGAUUGAUACCGAACGCUUGAAGAUACCGCAUAUCUUGAUGCUCGAGAGAGAGUUCGUGCUUCGCCCUCUGUGCGACAUCAUUCCAGACACGAUACCUUCAAUUGGUCAAACACAGGUGCCUCUUUCGGAGAGUUUGCGAAAACUGGCAUCUUCUCCUUCCACUCCCAUAUCAACCACGACGAGCAUGGGAGAAAAUACGUUUUCGGUUCGAGCUUUGGAAAACACACGUCCUACGCACGUCAUGUCUAUUCUCAACACCACUCCUGACUCAUUCUCGGAUGGAGGUCUCAAUUCACCAACAGACGAGAUGGCGCUCCGAAAGACGAUUGCAUCUCAUAUUCGUGCUGGUGCUACAUUCAUCGAUAUAGGUGGACAAUCGUCCCGUCCCAAUGCUCCGGACGUGACGGUGGAAGAGGAGAUUCAGCGCGUCCUGCCUGCCAUCAAGGUCAUCAAAUCUCUGCCCGAAGGAUCCAACACUUGCAUCAGCAUCGACACGUAUCGUGCAAAAGUGGCCGAAGCAGCUAUCAAGGCAGGAGCGCACAUUAUCAAUGACAUUUCCGGAGGUCUACUUGAUGUCGACAUGCUCCCUACAGUUGGCCGUCUGGGCUGCACCGUGUGCUUGAUGCACAUGAGAGGUACCCCGGCGACAAUGACUAGUGCAGAAAACUGCUCGUAUCCUGAUGGUCUAAUCCCUACGAUAGCCAGGGAACUCCUGGAGCGGGUCAAAGCGGCAGAAGAGGCUGGCAUUCGUCGUUGGCGCAUAGUCCUCGACCCAGGGAUUGGAUUUGCCAAGACGACCGAGCAAAACCUGGAGAUUCUCAGGUGUAUGGGUGAGCUCAGAAAGUGGCCUGGUCUGGCUGGUCUCCCAUGGCUCUUAGGCAGCAGUAGAAAGGGUUUCAUCGGCAAGAUCACCGGAGUCAAGGACGCAAAAGAGCGCACGUGGGGCACGGCGGCGACUGUGGCAGCAGCCGUUCAAGGUGGGGCAGACAUAGUGCGUGUGCAUGAUGUGGACGAAAUGACCAAAGUGACCAAGAUGUCGGACGCGAUUUGGAGAGUGUAA